GCGUUGGCGGAUAAUAUGGAUUAUUCUUAUAUUAAUAAUAUAGGACUGAUUUGUACAGCCUUGGGAUAAAAUACGAACCUAUCACAGAGGAACAAGCUCUCCAUGGGAGAGGACGAUUAUUCAGGCGUUUUACACGAGGGGAUCCUGCGCCGCCCUGAGGGAGCCGAGCCCGCCGGGAAGGGCUGGAAGGGCGCCCGGAGGGAGCGGAGCGGGGGCGGCUCGGCGGCCCCAGCUUGGGCCGGGUGUCCCCAGAGCGAGCAGGGAGCGGCGGCUGUGAGGGGGCGGACAGUGAGGGGGCGUGUCACCAAUGGUGGCAAAACCACCCUGACCAACAGGCUCAUCAAGGCUCUCCCCAACUGCUGCGUGGUCCACCAGGACGAUUUCUUCAAGCCACAAGAUCAAAUAGAAGUCGGGGAAGACGGCUUUAAACAAUGGGAUGUGUUGGAUUCCCUGGAUAUGGAGGCAAUGGUGAGCACGGUGCGGGCCUGGAUUGAGAACCCGGUGAAGUUUGCCCGUUCCCACGGGGUGAAUGUCACACCUGGCUCUAAAGAGCCAACCUCCCAAGAUAUCCAUAUAUUGGUCAUUGAAGGCUUCCUGCUUUAUAAUUACAAACCACUGAUAGACCUGUUUGACAUCCGUUACUACCUGGCGGUGCCGUACGACGAGUGCAAGAGGAGGAGAAGCACACGGAAUUACACCGUCCCCGACCCCCCCGGCCUCUUCGACGGGCACGUCUGGCCCAUGUACUUGAAACACAGGAAGGAGAUGGAGGACUGUGGUGUGGAUGUUGUUUAUUUAGAUGGCCUGAAGUCGAGGGAAGAACUGUACAACCAAGUCUUUGAAGAUAUUCACAACAAGCUUUUAAAUUGCUCAUAGGGUCUGGGAAGACCUGGAAGACCCUUGUACAGCCCGAUGUAAAUAAUACUUGGAAGUGGGAAGGAGGGUUUAUUUGUGGAAACUCUUCUCCCACUGCCCUUUGGCAAGUCCCUUCUGUAUAUAAUUGAAAACUGAGGAUAACUUAUUCCCAACCCCACGGACAAGGAUGGCCUUGGUGGUUUUUUUGGUUUUGUUUUGUUGUUUGGUUUUGUUUUUUUUUUUUUAAUUAUUUUAUAUUCCAAAGAGAAGUUGGCAAAGCAUUUUUAUAGCAGAACAAGCAGAGCUGCACUGGGGAAACAACAGAUCUCCUGCUCCUGAAGAAAAAAAAGGCUUCAGGCAACGGCUUGUUUGUAAUAUCAUCUCUCAAAUUCAGUAAAAAUCCACUUAAAUCUC